CUGUCAUAUUUAAUACAAUAGGAGAUGGCUGUAUGGACUAAAGUCCUUUGCUUUUCCCAUUAGGGAUAAAUUGAAAAAAAAAAAAGACAAUAGAUUUUGAAGAAAAAAAAAAAACAAUAGGAGAUUGUUAUUGAAUAUUAACUUACCAAUUUAUUUAGGAAAAAAAGAAAACUAUGUAUACUGUACUACUGUAGUAAUUAGUAUAUUUGCACCAGUGUUACGCGUGGGUAGGUUACCAACAUCUUUAAAAACAAUGAAUACGCCUAAAGCAGAUGUAAACCGAGACCAAGUAGAUGUGACGAUAAUAAACAAACAAGUGAGAGUUAUUCACUGUUCUGAUGGUGUUGAAGAGGAAAUCGAAGAAACAAUGUUAGAUGAAAUUAAUAUCUCUCAAAAUGAAGUAGAAAAUGUUGAGCCUCAAACUCUCUCUUGGGGUCCUUGGGUCUCUUACUACACAUGGAAAUCUGGUACCAAAUUAUUAAAUGUAGUUGACUAUGCUGGAGAAACAUUGGCUGAUUUCUUUGGUAUCACAACCCCAAAGUACCAAAUUGAGAUAAAUGAAUAUGAGCGCAUGCAAGAGGAAAAGAAGAGAUUGGAAGAAGAGUCUGUUGGUUGGGUCCCAAGAAAUAUUGGUGGUGACAUACCACUGGUUUUGAAUGAACCCGUAAGGGAUAAACAUGCAGUUUAAAUUAAAAAAAAUAUAACA